CAGUGUUGAAAAUCGAGAGAGAACUUCAAGCCUAUGUCCCGUGACAUAAAAUCUCCCUCGGAGAAAUAUAAAUUGUAUUUAGCAAAGGCAAAGGGCAGCUAAGGGAUAUGUCGCCCAAGAACAACCACGAUCCCACAAUGUCCAGCGACUCGGGCAAUGCAAAUGUACAGGAGGCAGACCUACAAGAAAUGGAAGAUGUCAACCAGAGAUUGGACGCCCUCAGCUGCGCCCUGGACGCCGUUGAGCAGCGCACCGAUGACAUCAUGUCGCAGCUACGGGAGCUGCUGAACUCCAAUAGGGAGAUCCGCCGACAGCUCGCGGAGCAGAAGGACAAAUCUGGUGAUCAGGAGAAUGCCGAUGAUGACAUGAAUGGACAGCCGAAUAAUGAUAAUGUAUCAAAGUAAAGCUGAUUCCCAGCUUAUUGUUUGUCUAUAUCUUCCUUUGUUUUGUUCAUCUGUUUGUUUACAGAUAUUUGCAUAUGUACGAGCCAUUUUUACAUUUAUACGAAUAAUGAUGGGAGGAGUGUUGACGUGGUGGACUAUCGGCGGAUCGAAUCAAUCUUCAGGUCGGCGUAAAAUGACCUUCGUCUUUUAAAAACUCAAACUUGAAAUUGAACUCGCCGUUGAAUAAGAAGUUAUAUGGAUACUUUG